GAGUAAGUGAGAUCAGAGAAGAGCCUGCUGGUACCGCUCUGUCAGCUCGCCUCAGCCCCCCACCGCCCCAGCAUGCAACACUCCCAGAGGCUGGACCAAAGACUGCACAUGCUCAGGGACGAGGUCAGAGCCAUGACUCGGGAGAAGGAGCGAGGGGAGCGGGUAUGGAGGGAGCGACUCCAGCGCUGUCAAAGGCAGCUGAAGGCCAAAGAGGAGGAGAUGAGCCGCCAGUCUCAGUACUUUGAGAACUUUAAAACCCAACUCCAACACAAGCUGAGCCUGGGCCGGGACAGAGAGCAGAGCCUACAGAACCACAUCUACACUUUAGAGAAGCGGCUGCUUGACAUGACUGUGAGUGCCGCCACCGGCAUGACCACAAUCAGAGCUGUCAGAAUCACUGCCGGCACCGUAGCACUCCGGGAAGAGCAAGAGAGGCUGACUUCUAUGAGAGGUGAGGGUGAGGGAGAAGAGGAGAGAAAAGAGGAGAGAAUGAAGCAAUUGCAGACAAGUGUGAUUCCUGAAAGAGAGGGAGGACUAGAGGGUGACGAGGGACAGACGGAGAAAGAAAUAGAAGGAGGAGGAAACAACGACACAAAGCCCAGCUCAGAUGAGUCGAGGCUGCAGGGAUUCAUCUUGAGCCUGCAGGAGGACCUCAGGGUGCUGCUGGAGAGAGGGGAGGCUGGGAUGACAGAGCGGAGGGGGAUGAUGGAGCAGCUCACCGAGGCCCAGGAGAACGGCCUCUUCCUGGGCAACAGAGUGGAGGAGAUGAAGGCGGAGGUGCACGGGCUGAAGCUGUCUGAAAGCUCACUGAUGGAGGAGGUUGAGGAGCUGAGAGAGGAGAACGACAGACUCCAGCUGGUCCUCAGGGGAGCUGCAAACCAAACAGCCAGUCAGUCGCAGACAGUCGUCGAGAACGCCUGCCACAGUAAAGGGAAGAUCUCAGUGGGGAGCUCGGCAGAGGUGCAGCCAUCAUUGACCGUGGGGGCAGAUCAGUCACAGUUAUCUGCAGCUCCACCUGAUCACCACCAGGGAGCAGCAGAGAUCAGACAGAACAAACCAGACUGUGGCUCCAAACACAACCUCAGCUUCCAGUCACUUUCCUUGACUUCAGAGACAGUAGAUGAGUUUAACCUGGAGACCUGGUGCUGCAGGGGGAUCUUAGACCUGGAGCAAAUCCCCAGUGAGGAAUCUGAUGCCCUGAGAGAAGCAUAUAAGAGUUUGGGGUUAGGGGAAGAUCUUGCAGACCUUCGAGAGCAACGCGGCCGCCUGGAGGCCGCCCUGCAGCACACGCAGGAAGAACUUGAGAUGGUGGCUCAGGAGAACACUCGACUAAAAAUACAACUCAGGCAACAUGCAGAGGAACGAGCUGCAGAGCAUGGGUCUUCAAGAGAAAAGAUCGGCCACGCCCAGGAUGAACUCGCCAAGGAUGAACUCGCCCAGGCCCUCAAUCAGGAGAACCGGGCCUUGGCAGAGAGGAUCGAGGAGCUGCUGGCUCAUAUCGAGCUUCAAGAGGUGGAGAUCAAGAAGGAGCAAAGUCAGCUGAGGGAGCGUGACCCCAGGUUGGAGGAGGUCAGAGUCAGGCUGGAGCAGGAGAACCGGGAGCAAGGAUGUUUGAUCACAGAGCUCACCAGGAAGACGGAGGACGAUCUCAACACAAUCAUGGAGCUCCAGCAAAAGUUGGAAGAGAGUGGGAAGCAGAGCAGCGCAGAGGAAUGUGUGGACAAUACGGCGGAAAGAAUUGAAACGCAAUCAACGUCCAGUACCCAAACAGAUGAUUUGAUUUCAGUUUCAGCAACUGGAUCUCAACAUAACAAUCACCAUAAUCUCUUACUAAACAGCCAACCAAACACUUUGCAUAUAAGUGCAUUGAAUGAUCAAGUGUGUCCCCUGACCAAGACACUCCAGAGCCUCAAAACAGAACAAGACGAACUGAUCGGCAACUUAAAUUCUCUCCGAGAGCAGCAGGGGGAAGUAGCUCAGUCAGUUCAGACAAAGACAGAAGAGAAACAGCAGUUGACUCGCGCAGUUUGGGGACUGAAGGAGGAGAAAGACAGAAUCUCUCAGUGUCUGGCUGGUCUCAGACAAGAGCGCGAGCAGCUCACCAGGACGCUCUGUGGACUGAAAGAUAACAGAGAUCACUUUAUUAGUUCCAUGAGUGGCCUGAAAGAGGAGAAAGAGCAGCUAACAAAGACCCUAUCCAGUCUUGAGAGAGAAAAAGAGAACCAUCUUUCAAGCGAAAAGGAAGAGCAAGAUCAAAUCAAGCAAUCCCUGCAAAGUUUACAGACCGAGAGAGACCAGUUAAGCAGAGCGGUGCUCAGUUUGAAACAGGAGAGAGAGGCGAUAACCACUUCCCUUAAGUGUCUGAAAGAACAGAGAGACCAGGAGCAAUCAUCUCACACUUUGAAAGCCGACUGUGACAAGUUGAUGAAGUCACUGAGCAGUUUGAGAGAUGAAAAAGAAAGAGUUGAACAUUCAAUUACUCAUUUGAGACAUGAGGAAGAGCAAAUAAGGCUUGUGACUCAGAGCCUGAGAGAGGAAAGACAAAGCCUCCUGUCUGAUUCCCACAGCCAAACACAAACCCAGGAGAGGAACCAGAGGCAGCAGCCGGUGAAUCAAAACACCGCUGAUCCAACAGGGAACACUGAGACUGUGCUCGGGACAGGAGAUGCCGCACAAAGAUGUCAGACUAAUAACAACAAAGGGAAAUCUGUACAGGAGCAAAAGGAUCUGCUGAGGGAGAAUGAAGUUUUGGGAUCACAGCUGAAGACGUCACGAGAGGAACUGGACAGAAGCUACGUACAGGCAAAGAAGUUGCAAAGUGAACUGUGUCAGUCAGAGGUCAGGAGGGAGGAGGCGGAGAGGACGGCAGCGGAGGAGGGGUUGAGACUGACAGAUGUAGCCAAUCAGAUGGAAGAAACCAGGAGGGAAAACAAAAGCCUCAGCACCCAGGUGAAGGAGCUGCAGAGUAAAGUGACCGGCCUGCUGAGGGAGAAGAGUGAUGCUCUGUCACUAAAGACACAGAUAGAAGAACAGUACAACAUCCUCACAGCCCAGCUCAAGGCCAAGACGGUGGCCCUCGACGAGUUGAACUCUGAGUACAUCACUUUAAAAAGAGGGCAGGGCUUCAAGCAUGAUGAUGCUCUCAUGUCUGUUCGCACACGCUACAACGACAUCAGAGCUAAGUAUGAUGCACUCCUGAAGAAGAGGAGCCAGACAGAUCUGGAUCUGGCUCCUUUAAAGGCCAAGGUGUCCUGUCUGGUGGUGAAGUGUCAGGAGAGGAACAACUUCUUAGCUAAGAUGAUGAGAGCCAUGCACAGACACGGCUGUGCGGACUCCACACUCAACCAGCAGGUGGAGCUGCUGCUCAGUGACGCUGCUCUGCGGGACUACACUGCAGCAUUCACACUGGGAGGCAGCGCCACCACUGGGGAUUACAGUGCUGGGUUUACACCAAGAUUUGUUUCAACAUUUAUUCAUUCAGACUGCCCCACUGGAUCCAAACGUGGUCAGAGCUGUCCCGCUGUUCUCUCACCUCCUCAUGAACUAACACCGGAAGCUGGAGCAUCAUCAACAAAUAUUCAAGUCUGCAGGAAUGGAGUCACGAGAAAGGCCAUCUCACCUGGGCAGGAGAAACCCAGUGUCGAAGAUACAGCAGCACUUAAAGAGAGCUCCAUCAAAAAUACUGCAAAGCUGGGUUUACAGGGAUUGCAGUCCACACAGCUGCCUCUGUCCAGCAGUGGACUGAUCCAAGCAAACGAUGGUCAAGAGACAUUUGGAUUUCCUCGGUCAGACGUGAGAGGGAAGUCGUCCCCAGAUCUGACCAGUUCCACCAGUUCCUCCCAGAGUCCCACUCCUCCUCCCUCCAGCGGCACGCCCAGAAGGCUGAGCAGCCCCGAGAAGAUCAUCAACCUCCAUGAGCAACUGCAGAGGACUCUGAUGAGCAGCUACCAGGCUCCAGUGAGCAGAGGACGAGGACAGGAGCCCAGGAAAAGUCUCUCAUUUUCAGUUCCUGCCGACCUGAAUCGGACCUGUCAGACAAACAGGCUCAGCUUCAAUAAACCACAUAUCAACUCCCUCCCAGUCACAGCUGCUUCAAACCAAACUACACACGCUGGAAUAACAAUUACACCUGCGACGACACUUUUUAAUGCAGUCGCUUCCCGAUCUGCUCAUGUUUCAUUCAGCCCCAGCAGCUUUACUCACCAUCACUUUAAAGCAUCUGCUCUUUCCGACUCAUCUAAUGAAAGUAAAUCCCCCUCGCACAGUGGAACUGACAUGACAGUUUCCCCAGACAUGACAGAGAAACUCCCUGCCGUCCCGAACUCAUUUGAGAGACGUCACACAACUCCUCUAACUCUUGGGACCAAUAGCUUUGACUCUAAUGUCUCAGUAUGUCCUGACACUAAUCUGAAAAGCACUGCCUCAGACAUCGCUGCUCCUGGAAAAUCAACUGCCCCCGAAUGUAAUAUUUCUGAUGGUGCUGCCCAUGCUGCACGUGACCGACCCGUCUUCACUGGAUCCUGGACCCAGUGUGGUCGACGCUCUCCAGAGAGACACAACAGGUCAGCCAGGAAGUCCACUGCUGCUGGAGAUCAGACAAAAUCAGCAAGACCAAGACCAGACGCUCCAGCAGAGGUCCGCUCUGUUGAGGUCAUCCAAACCGUGGGCCAGAGCAGCCUCAUGAUUGGCUGGGAGAGGCCGCCGCUGGACGAGCUGGGCUGCAGCAACGGCACGUUUGUGUACGGCUACAGGUUGCUUAUAGACGGGGACUUCCACAAAUCUGUCAUGAGCUCGGCGUGCACCAAGGUAACCGUCUCUGCCCCGACGCCAGCUGUGCAUCACUGCAAACAAACCAGAGCUGCUCACGUGCUGCACGUGUUGUUUGUGUGUCUGCAGUGCAUCGCGGAGAACGUCGACCUGAGCGUCCCGAUCCACAUCAGUGUCCAAACCCUGGGAUCGAACGGUCUGAGUUCAAACAGGGUCCACACCGUGUUCAGGAAGGACCACCACUGACCAACUGCACCACCUCAACCUGUGUGUCUCUUUACAACAACACACAAUCUCAGUGAAAAUCGUCUUCACCAGGAGUCGAGGUGUGAAUGCCAUCUAAAUCUGCAGCCCUCUGAGGAGCUGUCCUAACCUCCACCUCAGCUGAGAUGGCAUCACACUCCCCAGAUAACCUCUCCAUGUGAGGCUCAGGUCGACCAAUCAGAAAUACUCUCCCCAUGUGCUCUUUACCCAUGAGGGUGUGGGCGACCUGUGACCUGCCAGUGAACCUCACAACCAAGAACUGAAGAUGUCAAACUGAAAAAAGUGCUGAAAUUGCACCUGCCUCUAAAAGCGGGUGAAGACUGGCUACUUCCUUAUCUCGUAGGGAAGAACUUCCUGUUUCAGAGACCCCCCCCCCCCCUGCAGUCACCUCAUGAACGGAGCGGACACUGUGGAGGCCGGGGAUGAAAGGCCAGAGCUGCUGCCAAUCAAAGCAAAUGUUUUAUAAAGCAAAGCUCGAUCUCAUCGUUGACUGUUACACUCACUACCACUAGAGGAACAUCUGCUUCUGCUGCUCGUUUUUUACACUGUGUUAACCUGCGACUGAUCCCGGGUCAGAUACCGUAGCUUCAUCCCCUGCUGCUGCCUCGCCGGACUGUGAACAGCUCAACGGACGUCUACUGUCUUUUUUUAGAAGUUACACUUACUGUAUAAUGUGCUCACACAACCUUCUACCAAUAUGUCAUUUUCACCGGAUUUUUACACAUGAAGCCAAAUAUGACAAAAGAAGAUUCACUCCAAAGACUCAUCCGCCUCCGUCUCCUCACAGAUCUGCAGGAUUUCUUUAAAACACAGAAGCCAGAUGUUAUUUUACUACUAAUUUGCACAUAAUCAUUGAUAAAAAAAAAAGAAAAGAUAACCACUGAUAUUUUUUGUAGAGAAUAUAAGAAGAAAACAUGCCAAUGGUGUAUAUGAAAUGAUACCACCUAUGUGUUUUUGUAUGAGGGGCACUGUGUUUCCUACCUAAUCGAUGUCACGCUCAUAUGAUUUUUGUUUUAUACAAACACACACACGCACGUGAUGUUCUUUUGUUACUUCCUAUAUGUGUGUAUGAAUGUGGAGUGACCAUGCAAAUGUAUUUUUCUAUCAGUGAUGGAUUGAUAAUAUUGACUCUGCCUUGAUUCCUCACAACUGUACAGAGAAUAAAUGUUUAUUUGAUAUUAAAUGGUAAAAGGUCUGUAUUCACACAGCACUUUAGUAUCGAUGACCGCUCUAUAACCUCUAUACGCAGCACUUUCUCCAUCGCACGUCACUCACACACUGAUGGAACAGCCCUCAAAGGCAAUUUCGGGCUCAGUAUUUUACCAAAAGUCCCUUCCGCAAGAUGAACAGGGGAGACUGGGAUUUAACAGUCGACUCUCUGGUUUAUGGACAACCCGCUCUUCCUCCUGAGCCACAGCCUGUUUUUACAA